UAGAGAUCCUGCGUGGGCAGAGACUAGUCCGUUUAAUAAGUUUGAUGAUUUGUUUAAAAUACAGAACAAAAGUAAACAAAGUUGGACAGCAGAGCAUCAUGGCGGCUUUAUGAACGUAAGAGGCGGGAACACGGAGGGCGACGGUCAGAGGGAGGAGGACCGGAAGCUGUUUGAAAGCCGUGAGCGGGAGUUUGUCAGCAGGGGGAGAAACCGGCACCCGGAGCGAAGACAUGGACCCCCUGCAGGAGCUCCUGGACCGGGUCAAGCCCAGCACCGAGGCGGAGUCCCUGUGGUUAAAGAACAUCUUCACCUUCAUCUCUGAACACCUGAGUCCUGUGGUGUGUAGCUCCGCCCCCUCGCAGACAGGUAACCACAAUCAGCAGAGAGCCUGGGCCAGGGAGGCGGAGCUCGCCGUGCCAGGUCAGAGGGCGCUGCCGAGAGUCAACCUGCUGCUGAUUGGCUGUCUGAGAGAAGGCCGUGACGGAGAGUACAGGCUGACGGACGCCAGCGGCAGCGUCAUGUGUGAGUGCCUGUCUCUCUCGCCCCUGUGGCUCAAUCGUCCCGUUUUCCUCCCUCACUGGAACUACAUCCCCCACAAUGCAUCGGGCCAGGAAGAAGCUGCAGGCUUCUUGGAGCUGAUUGGCUCCCCUGUCCUGUUGUGUCCUGGUGCUGAGCAGGGUUUGGCUGCUGCUCCUGCAAGGGUGGAGCUAAGCGGAGUGGUGGGAGUCGGAGAGGCCGGCAGGCUGCUGAGGCACAGGGUCAAAGGUCAGCGGCUGAGCAUGUUCGGAGAGGUGGGCUCAGUCUGCCCUCUGCUGGCUGUGGCAGGAACGACCUUCUUUUGCUUCACGCUAACGGAUGAGUCGCGCUCGCUGCCCGUGCUCGUACAGGACAGCAGCCGGCUCAGCUGGAUUCAGCGUGUGUGUGUCGGGCAGAGCGUGUGUGUGACAGCUCUACGUGUGUGUGCGCUACGAGGCUGGAGAGGAAACAACAUCCUGUGUGUGACGAAGCGCUCCGAGCUGCACGCCGACUACACGCACACACAGGAACACACACAGGAACACACACACUCUGAGUCCCUGCUGCUGAUGUCACAGCCUGCUGAGGACGACUGUGAGGAGGCGGAGCAUGAGGAGGUGGAGAUGGACCAAUCAGCUGAGAGGAUAAAGCAAUCCAAAGUCAUCAGCUACCAGGGCAUGGUGACUGAAGUUGUGAGUGAGGGGGCGGGGCUCUACGUGCUGGAUGGGAAGGUGGGUCUGUGCAUGGCCUAUCAGCCGGCGGCGAAGAGGAAGCUGAGGGCGGGAGACAGAGUGGAGUUGCAUCACGCCCACUUCCUGUACCGGCCCUGCCCAGACUUCCCUCCCAGCAUGCUUUGCACCUGCCUGCGCUCCAGCCUGAGGGUGACGGCCUUCAGCAGGGCGGGAGGGUCGCCACCCGACAACCGCUGCCCGGGAGAUGGGGCGUUACCACGGUUACUGCUGCAGAGAAACAUAGAUGUGUCCGAUUACCUGUGGACGUGUCACCUAAGCUCGCAGCUGGCACACAGUCUGGUCCAAGGUGUGUGGAGCCAGCAGUGUGUGUGCUUGCUGUCCUGGAGGCUGAUGGAGACUCUGAGCAGAGCUGGAGGACGAGGACGCAGAGACAUCUACUCUGAGAUGCUGGACGAGCCUCACACCUGUCCUGUGACUCAGUACAGCGUGUCCUCGGCGGUCUGUCAGUACCUCGGUGUGUCGGAGCUCCUGGAGUCCCUGCAGUCUGACUGCUGGUCUUCGGCCCCUCUGAGCUCUCUGCUGCCCCCUGAUGGCUCAAACCUGACCUCCUCCCAGAUCAAGGGGUUCCUGUCCUGGUCUUGCAGGACUCUGUCCUCCGAGCCUCGGGGUGGAGACGCUGUCAGGCAGCGCCCCCUGCUGCUGGGCGGCGUGCUGGAGCUUCCGUCACAGACGUCUGAGUUCAAACACUCGAUGCAGCUCAGAGACGCCACAGGAGCUGCAGCCUGCGUGCUGACGGAGAGCAGCGAGGAGGAGGAGGGAGCGCAGAGGGCGGUCUUUAACAGCGCCUGGAUUGGUUGUCUGGUGGGUGUGGUGCAGUUCACCAUGGUGACAGAGAGAUUCCUCCAAUCAGAUUUCCCUUCCUACCAACACCUGGACCAGGACAGGAUGUGA